AUGAAUUUAAUCUUUGAAAUAAUUGGAAUUUUUUUGUUGUCGACAAUAGAAGCACAAUUCGGGUGUGGCGGAGGAUGUUCGAGUGGUUGUGGAGCUCCAUUGCCGAUGCCUUGUGCAAGACCUUGUUCCCAGCCACAACCAUGUCCAAUGCAGGUAUGUCCACCACCUCCAAUCUGUCCUCCACCUCCACCACCUCCUCAAUGCCCUCCACCAAUGUGUGCUCCAAGAUUCUGCCCUCCUCCACCAACUCCAAUGUGUCCUCGACCAGCUUGUCCAAUGGCUCCACCAUGUCCAUGCGGCAGUCAAUCAAUGUAUCAACCUCAAAUGUAUGGAGGUGGCUUCGGAUUCGGUUUUGGAAUGGGUUUUGGUGGUGGUUGUAGUGGUGGCGGUGGUUGUGGCCAAUCACGACCUUACCUUCCUCCACCAGCUCCAACUGGAGGCUGUGGAGCUUCUCCACCAGCUCCAUCUGGAUGUGGUGGUGCGCCUCCUCCACCAGUUCCUGCACAGAAUGAUUGUUGCUGUGGUUGCAAGGGAACCUGUAAAUAUCGUCGACGAAAAGCUUUUGGUGCAAAGACGCGAAUGAUUGACCCAAGCUGCAACAGUGCUGAGCUUCGAACGAUCAUUCAAAAGUAUAUCACUAUGGACACAUCGGAGUCAAAGAGACAAAUCCAAAAGGCGGCUCAGAGUGUCUUCGGAUCGAGAGUGAACGUGAUCUGUGGAAGGGGCGAGUACUCCUACAUUGCGCACACUGAUCUCUUCUGUCAAACGACAAAAGGCGAGAUUACUUGUUAUGCUUUUAAACCGCUA